AAUACCUGUCGAAAGUUUGCACGUCCUUUGUUUUGUCAGCAAAUAAAUAGGAGCGGAUCACCCAUCACUAAUCACACUCUUCUUCAGGAGCCCUUCAGUGCACACAAGCUACCAGAAAGGAAAGCUAACCCUAAGCCAAGAUGAAAUUCAUCCUGCUUACCGCCUGCAUCCUUGGGAUUGCUUUCUGCGCCCCUCCGCAGAUGUACAUGGAGUUUGACAUCCACCAUGCCCCAGCUCAGGCCGCCCAGGCUAUCCCUGCUGGAGUACCAGCUGGACGCCUGGAAGUUCUGCUCCCGGUUGAUGGCCAGAAACAACUUGUUGGAGGACCAGUCCGUGGCUUCAUUAAGCAGGAGAUUCCCCAGCCCAAUGGACAAGAUGAGGAGGUGUUCUACCCCUUUGGAUUCAACGUGCCCGAUCCCGCUGUGGCCGCCCCCGCCGCCCCGGUCGUUCCCGUCGUCGUGGCAGCCCCCGUUGCCCCAGCUGCACCUGUUGUUGCUGCCCCUGCCGCCAAACCCAGUGAUGAUGAUGAGGAGGAGGAUGACUGAGGAUGUCUGUAUCAGCAGUUUUUUUGCACUGGUGUGUGCAAACAGGUGACCCAUGGUGUGCGACCGACAACCAGCUUCAACAAAAAGAAACCGGCCAGAAAUCCACUCUAUAUAGAUGGUGCUAGGGUUUUUCAAUCAUAAAAAAAUAUAGAAGUGCUACUUUCUUUGCAAAUGGAACAAGAUCUGGCGAUAAUUCAUCCCCCCCUUUGUCCCUGCAUGUAAUUGUCUCACAGUUUGUUUAACGUUUUCUCAAUCAAACGUCUAAUCUUUGUGCUUCAUAAUAAAUGAGUUGAAUGCA